AUGCGGCAAGGGCGGAGCUAUUGGGUCAGCUUGAUUCACUUCUUGGGCGGGAAGAGACGUAUUGGAGUCAACGUUCGCGUGUACAAUGGUUACAGGAAGGGGAUAGGAAUACAAAGUUUUUCCAUUUGCGGGCGUCUAAUCUUGUUGAAGCCUUACUCGGAGAAGGAGGUUCGUGUUGCAUUUUUCCAAAUGCAUCCGUCCAAAGCCCCAGGUCUGAAUGCGGAAAUAGGUCAUUUCCUUCACAAUAAGAGGUGGGGACGGGAGGGAUCCUUUGCACUCAAAUUGGAUAUGAGCAAGGCAUAUGAUAGGGUGGAGUGGAAUUUUUUGGAAGCUAUGAUGUUGAGGUUGGGAUUUGAUAGUAGAUGGGUGGCUGUCGUGAUGAUGUGUGUGAAAUCGGUUUCACACUACUUUUUGGUUAAUGGAGAGGAAUGUUUGUCAGCACUUAUUGCGCAUAAAGAAGAGAAGGGAGUGAUUAGUGGGAUAAGGAUUUGUGAUGGUGCUCUUAGUGUUCAUCAUUUGUUGUUUGCCGAUGAUAGUUUCUUGUUUGGAAAGGCGAAGUUGGAAGAGUGUGUAGAGGUUCAACAUAAUCUGGAUGUGUUCUCCCAAGCAUCAGGUCAAGAAAUAAAUUUGGGUAAAAGUAGCAUUGCUUUCAGUGCUAACGUGAGAGACCGUAAGCAGCAAGGGUUGGCACAUUUUUUGGGUGUUCAAUUGCUCAUGGCUCAGUUUUGGUGGGGUAAUGAUCCUGACUCAAGCAAAAUUCAUUGGAAAUCGUGGGAUAAGUUGUGUUUGGCUAAACCGAAAUGGGGUAUGAGGUUCAUGAACCUUUAUGCCUUUAAUCUGGCAGUGUUGGCUAAACAGAAAUGGCAUAUUCUCCAGGAUCCUGAGUCUUUGACGACAAGGUUGUUUAAAGCAAAAUAUCACCCUCAUUCGUCGUUUUGGGAUGCUUCAUUCCCCUCUUCUUCGUCGUAUUAUUGGUCUAGCAUACUCAAAGCUAGAAUUGUCUUGGAGAAGGGGUCCAGAUAG